AUGAAUAUUGUUCUGAAAGAACCUACAUAUGAUACAUGGAAACAAAUUGCAAAAAAAUUUGAAUUGAAAUGUAAUUUUCCACAUUGUAUAGGUGCUGUAGAUGGAAAACACGUAGUUAUACAGGCACCACCAAAUUCUGGUUCUACUUUCUAUAAUUAUAAGAGUUCACAUAGUAUCGUAUUAAUGGCUAUUUGUCAUAGAAAUUAUAAGUUUGUGCUAGUUGAUAUUGGAGCGGCAGGUCGUCAAAGUGAUGAAGGUAUAUGGUCAAGAUCUACUAUGGAUCAAAUGUUUGCAGAAGGUCAAAUGAACAUACCACUACCAGAUCGAGUCAUUAAAGGACCUAUUUUACUAUAUGUGUUAGUAGGAGAUGAAGCUUUCCAACUAACCAACUAUAUGAUGCGACCGUUUUCUGGAAAAGGAGGUCUAACAAAGGAGAAAGGAAUAUUCAAUUGCCGACUUAGUAGAGCGCGUCGUAUAGUGGAAUGCACGUUUGGAAUUCCUUCUUCGCAAUGGAGAAUAUACAAGCGACCUAUUAACACAUCAAUCGAAACAGCAGAAAGUAUAAUAAAAACGACUAUAGUAUUACAUAAUUUUCUACGUCAAAAUAAAGACAUUGUUUUUUUGGAAACUAUUAAUACUGUAGAUGUUUCAACAUAUUCUGAAGUAGAAGCUGCGGCAUUUACAAAUAUAGGCAAUUUUGGCAGCAAUACUCAUGCACGAGAAGCAUCCCGCAUACGAAGCAUCUUUGUUGAUUAUUUCAAUAAUGAAGGUGCUGUUCCAUGGCAGUAA